GGAGCCGUGUGUGCCUCUUCUAUCGUCUUCGAAAUCUGUGAAAGCUGCUGAGCGGUGGAGACCGUGGUGGUGUACACGUCGAGCGAGGUCUGUCGACGAGAUGACGGCCUGUCGUUUCGACUGCGUGCACGUUCGUUUCGUGAGUGCUGCGCUCGAGACGUCGGAGCGCGAGUCAACGCCUCCGAUGGAAUGAGUGAUGGAUGCCGGCGUCUUCGAAGGUCCCCGACCGGUGCUUGGACCGGUAGCGAGCGCACGUGCGGGAACGUAGCGACGCUGCUUACGGACCUCUCCUUUCAACGCCGCCUCCAGGCAUGGACUCCGCAAAGAACAACGCAACGGCUGCAAGUAACGACAACUCCAAGGAUGGGGUGCCGCCACAAGAGAAGCUGCUGUAUGGAAACUACCUGCAGCUAGACAAGCUCCUCGACUGUCAGAAAAUGGUCACCGAACAGCACUGCGAAGAGAGAGUCCACGACGAGCACCUUUUCAUCAUCACGCAUCAAGCUUAUGAACUAUGGUUCAAACAAAUCAUCUUCGAGCUGGACUCCAUAAAGCCGCUGCUAGGCUCGAAGGAUAUGAACGAAUCUAACAUGUUCCAAAUCACGUCCCGGAUGAACCGUGUCGUGCUCAUUCUCAAGCUGCUGCAAGAACAGGUCGAGAUCCUGGAAACCAUGACUCCCCUGGACUUCAUGGAAUUCAGAGGUUACCUGGCGCCAGCAUCAGGUUUCCAAAGCCUCCAGUUUCGCCUCAUCGAAAACAAGCUGGGAGUGAAGAAUGAGCUGCGAGUCAACUACGGUAAGCAGCACUACCAGAAGGUGUUCGAGGAUCCCUCCGCCAUCCACAAGAUACAGGAGUCGGAGAAGGAGCUCACGUUACUGCAACUCGUAGAGCGGUGGCUGGAACGGACGCCCGGCCUGGAACCGCAUGGCUUCAACUUUUGGGAAAAGUACCAAAACGUCGUGAAUCGCAUGCUCGACCAAAUGGAGGAGGACGCCAAGGCUGACAACAACGACGCCGUUCUAAGCAGUGUGGCCAAGAAACGGGAGACCUUCGACACUCUCUUCGACGUUAACAAACACAACGCCCUGCUUUCGAGAGGUGAGCGUCGUCUGAGCCACCAAGCCAUGAAGGGCGCCAUGAUGAUCUUUCUGUACCGCGACCAGCCGCGCUUCCACCAGCCCUACUACCUGCUCACGCUUCUCAUGGACACUGACUCGCUCUUGACCAAGUGGCGCUACAACCACGUGCAGAUGGUUCAGCGAAUGAUCGGAUCGCAGCAGUUCGGGACGGGUGGUUCUUCUGGCUACCAGUACCUCCGGUCUACGCUCAGCGACCGGUACAAGGUGUUCCUGGACCUGUUCAACAUGUCCACGUUCCUGAUCCCGCGCUCGUGCAUCCCAAAGCUGACAAGUGCCAUGAGCCGCAAGCUAAGCAUGCAGCAUGACCAGGAGCAGCAGGUGGACGGGAACGCCAGCGUCGCCAUCAACGACCCGCACUUCCCCGAGAAGUUCCUCUAGGCACAGACACGCAUGGGAUAUUAUAGUUAGCUGUGCACAUGCGAGGGUAGAAAGCGGAGAAUGAGCAAUCUCCAUUGUCACGCGGCCACCCUCAGCGGUCGCCGAGCCCCAUCUGUUGUCGGUGCUGGUUUGUCGAAGAGUACAGUUGCUUGAGUGUCACUGAAGGUUCCACUGUGUGGAUUGUGUGGCAAAUAACUUACGCGGUAGUGGUGGGCUCGUUACCCCCAUAAACGGACCUCAAUUAUUUGACAGGUAAAAUGUGGGGUUCAGCUGCCUCUGAGGCUGUCCUCGUGACACCAGUAUAUAGUUCGCCAUGCAAGCGAUUUCUCGUGUGUGUACAUCUAAUAGUUCAAUAUAGAAAACUGCGUGAGGCAUUCAAAAGCCUGAUCGGAAGAGAAUGCGUAAUAAUGCAGGACUACCGCAUUGAAAACAAUACAGGACAAAACAAUAUGAUGGACAGUGGGUAGCGAAUGGGAGCAGGAAGAGGGGAGGGGGGGGGGGGGGUGAGGAGCUGACAUCCUGACAUAUUAUUUGCUUAUACGCAGACAAAGUGAAAAAAAAGUAGAUCCUGCUAAAGCAAGUCGGUCUCCUGAAAUGGUUGUGGUUGUUUUCGUGUUUUCAUCUGGCCAUGCAUCGCUUCGUAGCUGAUUGGCAGUGAAAUGUCAGCUUUGUCAUGGCACAGAUGCAAGGGGAACAUAGAACUAAGACUGCGAUAGCAAGAAAUAUCUUUUUUUUUAUGUACAAACGGAUAUGCGUAGUCACCAGGCGCAACAUCGGCCAGUGCUUGGCACUUUUCAUUCGGAAGCACGGCCCCUCAGUUGAAAGAGGGAAUGGCCAAGUCUACAGUUCACAUUCGAAGUUAGCGCACGAUAGUUCUCUAACGAGUUUAGCUCCGUAUGCGAACGUAGUCGGAUGCACCACGUCACGGAGGCUUCAGCUCGACGCUUGUUACGCAGUUCAGUAUACACUUCGCUGCAAGUGCUGGUUGCGCCAAGAAACGCCAUCAAUGCAAGAGCACAUUCGACGACGCGAUGUAAAUCGUUCACUGCGCGAUGCAAUAGCUUCAAAAGACGCUGUACGUUGUGUCGUACUCACGUAUACGUUAUCAGACGGUGCUCGUUUCGGUUGACAAUAUUGAGAACUGACGUAUACGCCGGCUGGUGACAGGCUGACGGCGGAUCGUCGCAUGUCGCACUGUAGUCAGGGAGACGGGACAACGACAGCAAUGGUGUUAUAGUCAAAUUAUGUGAAUAGCUCUUACACGCAAAAAAAAAAAAGCUCUAUACGGUGAUCUCUUCAUCAUGCGCAAACAGCCCGCGGACUACUAUGCAGUGCAAUACAGUGUGCCGCAUUGCGCGCUCUGGCGGAAUUCCACACACAAUAGAAAUGUAGGAAUAAUAAACGAUGGUAUUUUCCAGCCCCGA